CUUUUUGUGGCAGAAAAUAAAACAUCGGGGGGAAAAAAGUCCCUAAUCGUUUUCGCACACUAGCUGUGCAUGCCGUUCACAUGCACACGACGAAGACACUACGCAUGUUUAUGAAUGGUGGAUCAAGAGCUCGACUUGAAAACCGACUUGAAAGACAGAAAGAUGCCGAACGUCAAAGUGUUUAGCGGGUCAUCCCACAUUGAUUUGGCUCAGAAGAUUGUAGAUAGAUUGGGACUUGAGGUUGGAAAAGUUGUCACGAAGAAGUUCAGUAAUCAAGAAACAUGUGUUGAGAUUGGUGAGAGUGUCCGUGGGGAGGAUGUUUACAUCGUACAGAGCGGAUGUGGUGACAUCAACGAUAACUUGAUGGAGUUGCUCAUCAUGAUCAAUGCCUGUAAGAUUGCCUCAUCGUCUCGUGUCACCGCCGUCAUUCCUUGCUUUCCAUACGCAAGACAAGACAAGAAAGAUAAAAGUCGUGCUCCAAUUUCAGCUAAGCUGGUUGCAAACAUGCUUUCUGUAGCCGGAGCUGACCAUAUUAUCACAAUGGACCUCCAUGCAUCUCAAAUACAGGGGUUCUUCGACAUUCCUGUUGACAACCUGUAUGCUGAGCCAGCCGUACUGAAGUGGAUUAAGGAGAAUAUACCAACUUGGGAGAAUUCUAUCAUUGUCUCACCAGAUGCUGGUGGUGCAAAGAGGGUAACGUCAAUUGCAGAUCGUCUGAAUGUAGAGUUCGCUUUGAUCCACAAAGAGCGGAAGAAGGCUAACGAGGUCGCAUCAAUGGUCCUCGUGGGUGACGUCAAAGACCGUGUGGCAAUCCUCGUGGAUGACAUGGCCGACACCUGCGGAACUGUUUGUGAAGCGGCUAGAAAACUCAAAGAUGCUGGAGCUCUCAAGACCUACGCCAUCUUGACCCACGGCAUCUUCUCAGGCCCGGCCAUAUCGCGCAUCAACAACUCUUGCGUUGAGCAGGUCGUUGUGACCAACACCAUCCCUCAGGAGGAGAAUAUGAAGCAGUGCAGUAAAAUCACGGUAAUCGACAUUUCCAUGAUGUUGGCCGAAGCAAUCCGCAGAACGCAUAAUGGCGAGUCAGUGUCGUAUCUCUUCAGUCAUGUCCCACUCUAAGUUUGACGUUUCCCAAACCAGACUAAUUCUGUGUACAUUGUACAUAAACACAGGGCACAAUUUCACAAAGUGCUUAGCACAAAACAAAUCUUUGUGGGCUCGAACUGGAUACCAUCUGAAAUGCUUUGUAAUGGAUUUUGUGUGAGCGAUUCCCUGGUAAUUUCUGCUUAGCAAAGAUGUUUAUAAUUGAGAAAUUUGUGCAGGUUGUCAGUUUGAACACAUCUAUGUUUGAAGAAAGGGCUUGGUGCAAGCUGCGUAAAAAUGCUUAUUUCACACAUAUCUAUAUAUAUGGUGCUUUUAAAGGCCAGUUGUUUUUGUCUGUAGUACCUGGCCCUCUUCACACUACAGAGCAAAUACCCAGGAAGUGAAACCCUAGGAAACUCCUGGGGAAUUUGAACCCUCUGUCACCCCAUCUUUGUUAAACACUUGAUGUUGUUUUCAGGGAAAAAGUUGUACACUCUGUGUGCUAACCAUUGGGUUAUCCAGUUUAAAGGAUUUUGGUACUUUUUAUAACACAAACCACAAUGUCCACAGAUUUACAUUAAACUUACACUGUUUGAA